AUGAGUACUACAUUACAAUUAUUGGCAAAUUACUAUAAAUCUGUUAUAGAGGGCGAAAGAAUCUAUUAUGAAAAUGUAAUAGGGAAAGAAGAAAGGCAACAAUCUUCUAAUGAUGGGUCUACUUUGACAAAAUCAAGUGGAAGUGAUACUUUAAUGUUACAAAGACAAAUAACUCAAUUGAAUACGGAUUUGCAAGUUUUACGACAUGAGAAUGAACAACUAAAAGAGAUGCAAAAGACGCAUAGAGCUUUAAUGGAAUCAAAAUUGAAGAGUUCUAAAAAGAUUAUAGAAAAUUUGAAGAAUGAUUUAAGAAAUAAUAAUAAUACUGAUGAUCAAAAUAACGGCGAACAAAAUACUAUAGAUAUCAACAAAGAAGAAUUGCAACAUUCUUCGAGAAUUUCGACAAUGGUAAGUAAGAAAAUUGGGUUUCAAUUGUUAUCACCUAUGAAUGAAAGAUUGUUACGUGGAACAGGUAGAAAUACUGAUAAAAAUCAACUUAGUGGGUUACGUUAUGUGAUUAGUACAGGAAAACAUACAAUAUUUGAUGAAAGUUAUCAAGAUGAUACAGAUAACUCAAAAGAUGAUGGUGUUGAUGGAGUCUUGUUGGCAAAUCCUGUUAAAAAUGUGGAAAAACUGGCAAAUUUAGUGUUACCUAGUGAUGCUCUUUCAGAUGGAAAUACAUCACCGACUCCAAGAUUAUCUUCAUCGCAUACAGAAACAAGUGAUAGGAAUGAACACUAUAAAAAACGUAAAUUAGCUCGGAAAAGAAUACAAAAUUUAGAUAGUGAUGAUAGUUUGCAAUAG